AUGGCCGCCGCCGAAAACCUGGUUGGGAUCUUUGCUGUGCACCAGAACACGCCAAAUUUGGAGAAACAGCUUGCUCUAUAUGGACACGUCGGUUUCAUCAUCGACGAAGAUGCGGACGUGGAGGGUGGCCAAAGUCUGCCGGAUUCCUGGUUUGCCGCCCGCGGAGUGAGUCGCAGUGCUUUGAAUCAGAGCGUUGCCAUGAAACUGCCCGACGACCCAUUCAUGCAUGUCUGGUUCUACAGCUGGAACAAGAUCUCUUCCAAAGCGCAAUGGCCACCGGUCUUCAACCAGAUAGGAUCUUGCUGUCUGACCUUACUUGUCGAUGACGCUCAAAAAGAGAUUGCUCGCAUCCAGAGGGACUUCAGCUCACUGGAAAUCCUCCAAGCUCCAGAGGUCAUUCCCCGAAAAUGGGGCCCCACAACGACCACGCUGCUACGAGAUCCAGAAGGGAAUUUUCUGGAGAUCAUCUCCAUCGAAGGAUCGCCGCAUGUCGAGGCUGCAACACCGCCCUCGAAUGAUCGGACAAGCUUCCUGCAUUUUAUGGUCAACUGUCUGAACUUUGCAGAGAUGACCAAAUUCUAUCAGUCCUUCGGAAUGUCACACGACCACGGUGUCGACUUUCGACCGGAAGUGGGCUGGCCAGACGGCCUCGAGUACUUUCAAAACCAGUAUAAGCAGGGUUUUGGGGCAUGGCCCCAAUGGGGUCGCUGCGAUUUCCUGCGCGGGAAAAGAGAUCCAAGUCACAUGCACCUCGAGCUUCUUGAAUCUCUAGAAGAUCUAAAACUCCCAGGACUGGAGCCAACAUGGGCGCAAAGAGGAAUUGCUCGCUAUUGCAUCAAGGUCCCCGACUUCGAAGCAGCCGUACGAGGUGUGAAACAGCGAAGGAACAAAAUAUACGUCGAGCGGCAAAAAGGUGCAGCUCCAUCCCUCAUCGUUCCUCUCCCUUUUACCAUAUCUUUCAAUCAACAGCAUAGAACCAUGUUCACAGACGGCAGGAUGCCUAAACUGGGGUGA